UAUCCGAAACAAUUCCCUUAUAAAAUAAACGCCUCGGCUCGUCCCACCACUUGUCUCUCAUAAGCAAUACAGAAACAUGGAAGCUAUAGUACUGAUCCCGUUCCCAUCGUCGCCACUCAGGUUCCACCCAUUGAGGACAUCACAAAGGAUCGCCACCGGAACGUCCAAGAGAAGACGAACUUCAACCACCGUGUGUGCUGACUACUACCGAGGAGGAAGAACGGUGGACGAGAACAUGGUUGUCCUUAGGAAACGGAUCCACGAGAUGAAGAUGGUUGAGCGGAACUAUGAACCUCCUUCUCAUUGGAUGCAAUGGGAGAAGCGUUUAUAUUGUAACUACGACGCUACUAUAUGUGACGCAAUCUCUCUUCUCCAAACUUUUCUUAUGAACUCUCGUCCUAGCGUCGCGUUUGGAACGAUGCUUGUUCUCCUCGUCAGCGUUCCUGUUUCCUCUGCCGUUUUUGCGUUUCGUAUCCUCGAUUUAGCUCUUUGGCUUUUGGACGCCGCUCACGUAGAAAACAAAGUAACAAUUAAACUCAAUGUAGAGUUAUAACCGGCUCUGCAUGUCAGUGCAGACGUCAACAGGGCUAGAUUUAUGGUUGUCAACAAACCAUAUGUGGAAAAAGGCCCUGGUUCGGUUGGUAUACAAGUCUUGUUGAUGACUCUAGUCAGCGUUUCAGGCAAGAAGAAGAAGAAGAAGAAGUUACUGUUUUAUGUUUGGAACAUAGAGGCGCCUGGUUUAGUGCUAUAUGAUAUGACUCAAUCAGAAAUGAACGUUUCCUAACUGUUACUUAUCAUUUAGAAACGAAGCUUAAUCACUAUUUAAACUUCGCAAUAUUUCCCAAGCUUAAUCACCAUUAGUUUAAACUUUAAAAUAGUUACUUACUUACUUAAUUCUCUUCAUGUUAUAAAAUGUUAUACCUGCUUUUGUAUUUUACUUAUAUAAUUAAUAUUUAUUAGUUGACGACU